GAGACCACUAAACAUGAGUGGGUGCAAUUAUGUCGGAGUAGAGGACACUUUGACCAACAUUGAGCUGAAGGAUGGAACAAUCAUCCUUGUUCCUAUCAGUAACAUGUUACAUUGGUAUCUUGGUGCUUUGUCUGUAAUGGCAGGAGAUUUUGGUUCGAUCUCAAUCAUAUGUUCCAUGAGUGGGAGCUAUGUUGAUGAGGAAUCAUCAUUGAGAGUGUUCUUUGAAAAGGAAUUGGAGAAGGCAGGACGGGCUGCAAAUACUGUUAUUGUUCAGCACACUGAGGUCCCACAACAGAAAAACAGCUACGACUGUGGCGUUUAUCUCCUUUCUUUUGUGAGGAACAUUCUACAGAACCAGUCACUUUCACAUCUGUCGGAUACAGUAAUCCUCACAAGGAAUGAGGUUUCUAACUUGUGUUUCAACUAGAGAAUAUAAUGAAUUCACAAAAUCCU